UGGUGAUCAGCUAGAAGUCGUCGAGAAAUUCUAGGUAGCUAUAUCAGUGUCAGUAGAAUGGCAGAUGAGAUCACGAACCGUAUAGCGAAAGCUCGAGGUGCUUUUGCCAAUAUCCGCCACAUGUGGCGCAGACGCGACAUCACUCUCGCCCUGAAGGGCAUAGUUCACAAUGCAGCCGCCCAUCCAACCCUACUGUACGCUUCCCAAACCUGGCCCAUCAAGUCGACAGACUUAAAUACACUCGUUACGUUGGAUCAUCGCUCCCUUCGCAGCAUAGCUCAUAUCUGGUGGGAGCACCGCGUGAGCAAUGAACGUAUUCGGCGUCGUGUAUUUGGUACAGGGAGAGCGAGUGAACCGCUCAGCACCAUUAUUUAACGCACAAGGUUCCGAUGGCUCGGCCACGUGUUGUGUAUGCCAACACGUCGACUCCCG